AUCCAUGGCCGAGCACGUGGACCUGAGCACGGGCAUCGCAUGGCACGCGGCCGAGCCAUCGGCGCGCAAGCGACAGAAGCUGGACGCGGACCUGAGCGGCGCAGCCUUUGAGUUUACGUACGAGAAGGUCCAGACGGCCGUCAACUCGGUGCUGCAGAAGGCCAACCAUGCGUGCUACCUGCAGGUGCUCGACUACUUUGUCGAGCGGUCGGCGGCGAACCCAAAGCUUGACUUUGAGCAAGACCACCUCGUGCCACUGCAGCCCUUUCCUGUUGCCGCGAUCGUUGCUGGGACAGAUGCGAGCGCCGCGUCCAGCGCUGUGUGGACAGACCCGCUGAUUCGGCACCUCAAGCGGCGGUUCCCGUUCGUCGUCUCGGUCCAGCGCAAGUACGCCAACGGGCGGAUGCUCCUCGAGUUCGUUGCGACGUCCAUCUUUCACGAGAUCCACCAGCGCGAGCGCGAGGGGCAGUGGCUUCAGAGCGAGAUGCGGCGCACGACGCAGCAGACAGCCACAAGACGCAGUGCGCGCACAGAGGAUUUUAAGCCCGAGUCGGACCUUCCAGCGAUCAAGUGGGACACGGUGGCUGGCAUCCUCGAGCAGCUCUCUCGGGCCGUGACGCCCAUCAUGCAGCUCGCGGACGACGUUAGCAUUCAAGCGGACAUGCUCGUGCUCGAGCUCCGGUCGCAGAUAGAGCAGCGUCUCGACGACUGUCGCAACCAGCCAUUCCACGUCGUUCAGAGCGUAUUUGACAGCCUCGUAGAGGACUCGAGUGAUCGGCUCGCAUCGCUCAAGCGAUCUGUCGGUUCCGAUACAUUUACUGAGCGCCUAUUACUCCAACUGCACCAAGAGCUGCUGCUCAAGUACAUGGCGCGUUUAGAAACAGAGCUCGCAGGCGCGCACGUCGACGGCAAGCGCUAUCUCUUGCGCCAGCAUUUUCUCGCGCUCACCAAAGAGACAUCGCUCAUGGCUCCCGUGGCCUCGGGCGCGCCGCUGAGCACGUUAACACCCACGGUUCUCCUCGUCUUCGACCAGUACGAAAGCGUGCCCGAAGACGUCUUUGCGGACUUUCUGCACAUGUGGAAGGACCAUGGGUCGGCGCUCCGGCUCGGCUGCGUGCUUGGCCUCACGUCGCUCUCGUCGCCGUGCUACCGGUGCAUGCCGCUGCGCAUCGCAACCUGCCUCGUGCUCAAACCGUUCGUGCUCGAGGACUCGCUCAAGUGCUUCCACGACAUCAUCCAGACGCUCUUGAUCGCGGGCGAGUGCCCCGUCGUGUGCUCUGGCGCCGUCCUCACGUGGCUCUACAUUGGGUACACCAAGACGCACUCAAUUGCUGUCUUUCUGCAGAGCAUUCGAUGUCUCUUGUACCGGCACUUGAACGCAGCGGGCGCCGAGGCACUGCUCUGCGUCCUACCGCUGCGCAAGACGCACGAGUACAACCACCCGUGGGUGGCCUUUGCGUCGAAAACGACGCUGCCAAUGUCUGUCGCCGCCUACAUGAACGACGUCGACCUCGGUGCCAUGACGCCGGGUAUCGAGGAUCGAUCCGAGGCCCAAGAGUUUGUCAUUGAGCGCUUGCUGCGCGUGCAGUCUUGGAAGCGCGUGUGGCAGGCGAUCUGGAGCUGCCUCGAGCUCACACACAAGGUCGUCAUGAAGCACCGCGACCACGAAGUGCAGAUGCUUGCGCGCGCACUCGAUGGCACCUUGUCCCAGUCCAAGGCGCUCCGUGCGAUCGAAGCCUUUCUCCUCCAAGCGGGUGUCAAGCUUCUAUGGACCGUGGUGCACGAGUGGAGCACGUGCUUGGCGACGUACGCCAUGGACUUGGUCGAGAACGAGACCAACACGCUCCAAGAGGUCGUGACCCGCGUCGAUGAAGUCAAGCAGAUUCUUACCUUCAUGCAAGAAGAGAUGAACGACGAAGAGAAUUUGCGCAUGCUGCCGCAAGUGCGCCAGGACAUUGUGUCCCUUCUCGUCGUCGACAUGGUAGGGUUUCUCUCGCCGCCGCUGCCCGCCGCGUGCGCCCUCGGCCGCCUCUUCUACUACGACGACGUCAAGGGCCUCGAGGCGAUGUUCGAGGCCUCGCACUUUGAGGCCAUUCAAGCCGCACUGAGCAACCCGAAAGCGGCCGUCGCAAAAGACCUCACAGGUGCCAAAACCAAGCGACGGGCCAUUACGGCGAUGCCUCAGGCGUGGUGUCACGACAUGCACGUGGCAUACAAAUUCUACGUCGACACAGCCGGCAUGCUCAUCAACGUGGCCGAGUGGCUCGAGGCGUUUGACGCUGCUCUGCAAGCCACGUCGACCGUCGACGCCAAGGUGGUCCAGGUCCGCUUCCUGCGCGCGCUUUCGACGCUGCGGUACCUCGGCUUUGUGCGCAAGUAUGGCAAGAGCGAAGACUACGUCGAGAAGCUCGUGUUCAUCUAGGCAUGCAUGGAUGGGUGGGAUUAAUAUUAUGCAAAUUCGGGUCG